AUGGACAACACAAACACGCCCGUACGGUGUGCAAAUGUAAAUAUGUGCCGGGGCGGGCGGGCCCAGUUCGUUAUGAGCCCCGCGGAGACCGUGGGUGACAGCUCCGUCAUGGAGGUGUCCUAUUCGGACGGGCAUCCACACAACACCACUCCGCGCGAUAACGGGAUGGACUCGACCCGUGUCACCGACAUGCAGCUGCUGGUCACCGAGCUCCGACUUUUCCGCGAGGAGAUGCGUGCGAUGAGCCAGGAGAUACACGCUCUUCGUACUUCCCUGGAGAGUCUAACAGCUAGGAUUGACAGUUGCGACAGGCGGAUCGACAGCUGCGAGGGCCGCGUCGACGCGCUAAGUGCCCGUGUCGAGUCUUUGGAGACCAGACCCCAAUUUAAUGACGCCGCCCCUGACACCGCUCUCGUCGAAACUGUGUCGCAACUUAGGCUGGAGCUUAAUGACCGCGACCAGGAGUUGCUAUUAAAUGACCUUGAAAUAACUAGUGUUCCAGAGAGUAGCGGCGAAAGCGCGGUGCAUUUAGUGACAACCCUGAGCAAGAAAUUGGGGGUCGAACUCACCGAGCACGACAUCGUCGACGCUGCGCGUGUGGGGCGCGCGCCUCAGCUGCAGGAAGGUAUCCAGGGACCCGUAGGCCGGCCGCGACCGCUCGUGGUGCGCCUGGCGCGCCGCGCCGUCAGGGAUCGCCUGCUGCAGGCUGCGCGGGUGCGCCGUGGUGCCACCACGGAAGGCACCGGCAUCCCCGGGCGAACGUGCAGUUUCUACGUCAACGAACGGUUGACUCCUCACAAUCGACGUCUUUUCUAUAAGGCUCGGGAGCUGAAGCAGCAGCGCUCUUGGCGGUACGUCUGGACCCGAGACGGAAAAAUCUUCGCACGGCAGCAGGCGGGCACGAGUUCGCCUCGACACCGCAUACGCACCGAGCUGGAUCUGGAUCGGGUUUUUGGCUCACGAUAG